AUGAACAGAGGAAGAGGAAAUUUUAGAGGUGGCCGUGGUGGUUUCCGUGGUGGAAGAACCGGACCAUCACUGUACGGUCCACCAGACACCGUUUUGGAAAUGGGUACUUUUAUGCAUUCUUGUGAAGGUGAACUCAUCUGUCGUUCUACCAAUGUUAAAAUUCCAUACUUCAAUGCUCCAAUAUACUUAGAAAACAAAACACAAGUUGGUAAAGUAGAAGAAAUUCUUGGUCUGAUCAAUUCCGUUGUCUUCAGUGUUAAAUUGAGUGAAGGUGUUAAAGCCGACAGUUUUAGUGAAGGUGACAAAGUCUUUAUUGGUGGUGAUAAACUUCUCCCAUUAGAAAGAUUCUUACCAAAACCAAAGGAAAUUGGUGCUGUCAAAAAGAAGAAGAAGGAUGGUAAAUCUGCUGGAAGCUCAAGAGGUGGUUUCGGUGGCAGAGGUGGCUCCAGAGGUGGUUUUGGAGGUAGAGGCGGCUCCAGAGGUGGAAGAGGUGGAUUCGGCGCUAGAGGUGGAUCCAGAGGUGGAUUUGGAGGUAGAGGAGGCCGUGGUGGCUUCGGUGGUGAUCGUGGUGGCCGUGGUGGUCGUGGAAGAGGUAGAUUUUAA